GGAAAAACGGAACAGUAGGAUUGACGACGCAGGUCAGCUAGCAGCUACAAUCCAAUCCGUCAAGAAAGGAAACCAAGUCAAUCAGCCACGUAUCCACUAUUUGGUAGCUGUGAACCUCCUUUGAUAUUUGGAAUACGAGGAAAUUAUUGACAUGAACUGGUGUUCCGGGGAGGUGUAGCUGCGUGGCUGAGAGGAGGAGGAUCUCCAGACAGCGCCCCCAGGCCUGCGGAGGAGAACUGCAGUCUGUUUUAACCCCCCCCUCCAGGCUCCCAUCUUUCUGCCCCCCACCCAUGGAUGAGACGGAGUGAGGCUGGUCGGAGACAGGAGAGCGCGCCAGGGCAGGCCAGGAGGGCAGCAGCCAGGAGGGCAGGAGGAGGAGAGGAGGAGCCAGGGCAGGAUGUCGUCCAACAGGAGCCAGAGCUCUCACGGCCUGCGGCAGAUCGGGCUGGACCAGAUCUGGGACGACCUGCGGGCAGGGAUCCAGCAGGUGUACACGCGCCAGAGCAUGGCCAAGUCACGCUACAUGGAGCUCUACACACAUGUGUAUAACUACUGCACCAGCGUGCACCAGGCCAGCCGGGGGCCCUCGGCCCCCCCCAAGCCCUCCAAGAAGAGCACCACCCCAGGGGGGGCCCAGUUUGUGGGUCUGGAGCUCUACAAGAGGCUCAAGGACUUCCUGAAGAACUACCUGACCAGCCUGCUCAAGGAGGGAGAGGACCUGAUGGAUGAAGGUGUUCUGAAGUUCUACACCCAGCAAUGGGAGGAUUACCGUUUCUCCAGCAAGGUUCUGAACGGCAUCUGUGCCUACCUCAAUCGCCACUGGGUCCGCCGCGAGUGUGACGAGGGCCGCAAGGGCAUCUACGAGAUCUACUCGCUGGCUCUGGUGACCUGGAGGGAGAGUUUAUUCAGACCUCUCAACAAACAGGUAACGAACGCGGUGCUGAAGCUCAUAGAGAAGGAGAGGAAUGGAGAGACGAUCAACACUAGACUGAUCAGUGGAGUGGUGCAGUCCUACGUGGAGCUGGGUCUGAAUGAGGAGGACUCGUUUGCACGUGGCCCCACCCUCUCUGUGUAUAAGGAGUACUUUGAGUGCCAGUUCCUCACAGACACAGAACGCUUCUACACCAGAGAAAGCACAGAGUUCCUGCAGCAGAACCCCGUCACCGAGUACAUGAAGAAGGCGGAGGCCCGUCUCCUGGAGGAACAGAGGCGUGUGCAGGUGUACCUGCAUGAGAGCACCCAGGAUGAGCUGGCCAGGAAAUGUGAGCAGGUCCUCAUAGAGAAGCACCUGGAGGUGUUCCACACAGAGUUCCAGAACCUGCUGGACGCAGACAAGAACGAGGACCUGGGCCGGAUGUACAACCUGGUGUCCAGGAUCACAGACGGGCUGGGAGAGCUGAAGAAGCUUCUGGAAACUCACAUCCACAACCAGGGCCUGGCCGCCAUCGAGAAGUGUGGGGAGGCUGCGCUCAAUGACCCCAAGGUGUAUGUUCAGACCACGCUGGACGUCCAUAAGAAGUACAACGCCCUUGUCAUGUCCGCCUUCAACAACGACGCCGGCUUUGUGGCCGCGCUCGAUAAGGCAUGUGGUCGCUUCAUCAACAACAACGCCGUCACCAAGAUGGCCCAGUCCUCCAGCAAGUCACCCGAGCUGCUGGCCAGAUACUGUGACUCACUGCUCAAGAAGAGCUCUAAGAACCCUGAAGAGGCAGAACUGGAGGACACACUCAACCAAGUGAUGGUGGUGUUCAAGUACAUCGAGGACAAGGAUGUGUUCCAGAAGUUCUACGCCAAGAUGCUGGCCAAGCGCCUCGUCCAUCAGAACAGUGCCAGCGACGAUGCAGAGGCCAGCAUGAUCUCCAAGCUCAAGCAAGCGUGUGGUUUUGAGUACACCUCCAAGCUGCAGCGGAUGUUCCAGGACAUCGGCGUGAGCAAGGACCUGAACGAGCAGUUCAAGAAGCACCUGACCAACUCUGAAACCCUGGACUUGGACUUCAGUAUCCAGGUGUUGAGUUCAGGAUCGUGGCCGUUCCAGCAGUCCUGCACGUUCGCCCUGCGUCUGAGGUGA